ACACUUUUCUGCGCCGGGGCGAUAACAGAGCGGUCGCUCCCAGGAGCGCCAGAGCGCGAUUUUUAAUAUCCUCGGAUAGAUGGCGCAAGCUACACCCUGUUACGGAGGUAUGGAACAUCUAGUCACAUCCAGCCAUACAAGAGAGACAGCUGUAGAUAGCUGUAGGAUUUGGAUUUGGAGGAUUUGUUGAUUGAUCUUGUAGUCGUUGCAGUCUGUCGGUAGUCGGUUUAUUCCGGAUUGUUAGGAAAGUGGAGGUGGCGCGUACUUCAAGAAUCGAGCGGCUCGAGCUACUCACUGCCUUCUGAUAGUGAUGUAAAUUUCGGUGCUUGAAAGCACGCACAAUGCCUCCGCAGCUUAGGCAGCGACCUCCGCGCGCGCAGGAGCCCAAAAUGACAGCCACCCAACUUCGUCGGAAGCUUCGCAGGUAUGCCAGACACCUCAGCCGACUGUGUCCAGACAUACUGCCAGCCAAGGAAGUCUUUGGCUUCCUUAGUAUCAUCAUGGACAUGCGGACGGACUUCUUUGCCCCAUGUAGCAAGAGCGAGAACCAGCCAUGCCUCAUCCUGAAGCAGCUCGUCUUCUGGAACCUGCUGCUGGAGGGUGCCCGGGUGGAGCUGCUCGAGGUCGCUCCUGAAACCAUCGGCCUUGGUCAGGCAUUACGUCCCAGCAGCCCAGAUGCAGUGCAUCCCAGCUUCCAAUGGGCCUUUCUGCACUGGCUCCUCAAGGAACACAGCUGCAUCAAACAGUUGCGGCUUAGCUGCAGGUUCAUGGACCCCAGUUUCCCGACACCUCUCCUCUCCGACGUCCUUUACCUCAACUCUGGUCUGACAACCCUGGAGCUUGGGUAUGAGUUCAGCAAAGAGGAGUUGGCCAGUGUCUUGCCAGCUGUCGGCAACUUGCGAGGGCUAGAGAGCCUGGUUUUGGAGGAACUAACCUUGUCCCAGGGCUCAGCUGUCUUGCUGGAGGCAGCACUUAAGGAGCUUUCGGUUCUCGCAUCCCUCAGACUAUCACACUUGAGUGUUCCUCCUGGUGAGGGAGUGGAUCGUCUGGGAGUUGCACUCGGCGGUAUGUCGGUGCUGACGUCUCUCUCGCUGUCUUGCACGAGCAUAGAUCCUGCCGAUGCCAAGCUGCUGCUUCGGGGCCUGAGUCUUGGCAUUACCGUGCUCAGCAUAGACGACCAUCUUCUUAAGCCGGGAGGAGGAACUGUUCUUGCCGAGUAUGUUGCACAAAACAGAGUCUUAAGGAAACUGAUGUUAAGGCAACAGGUAUGCUUUGAAAUGACAGAGCUUGAAAACUUCCUGGCAGGACUGCUGCUGAACCGUGGUCUUGAGGAACUGCAUCUUUCGGGCUUCGGACUUCAGGCGUCUGCAAUGGAGUUGCUCGUAGAAGCCGUGGUGGAGCACAAGGCCCUCAGGAUCCUCGACAUUCAGUUCUUCGACGAGUGUUGGCAGAUGGACGGAACGCCCCUCGCCGCCCUCGUCGGUCGGAACACGGGCCUCAGAGAGUUGGUCUUUACGGGCGGCGAAGUCGCCUGCUGCGACGCGUUUGCCAAGGCGGUCCGCGAGAAUGGCACGCUGCAGAAGCUGACACUUGACCUUGUAGAGCCGGAUGACAUGAUCAGCGUCGCUGUCUACAGAGAGCUCCUGGAAGCUCUCUCGUACAAUGAUUCACUCCAGGAGGUCAACUUCGGCAUCAUGUACUCCUGCAUGCUGAGUGACUUUGCCCAGCUGCUUCGGGAGACCAAGACAGAGACGAGGGUCAAGCUGGAGGUUGACGAGGUGGGACCCCUGAGGUUUGCGGAAGUCAUGAAGAACUGCACGGGGUUCUCCAAGAUGAGGUGCUCCGGCCGGUGGAGCAAGCACACCUUGUCCCCAAGAGAGUUGCGGCAUCUGGUCCACUUCUACCGCCUCGAAGACCUCAGCCUCGACCUGGACGACCAGUUGCUCGAGGUUGGCGACGUGACAUGCCUGGCACAUUUUCUGUCCUCCACAAGAACCCUCCGGUCUGCCAGUUUAUGCUUCCUCACGUCGGUGGCAUCCACACGCAUCCUCUUGCAGGCAAUCUCCCGCAACCGGAGCAUCUCGAAUCUCAGCCUCCACGGCUGGGAGUUCGGUCCUUCUGAGGCCAAUCUCCUCUACUUGCUGCUGAGGAACUCCGAGAUCCUGAACCGGCUUUUCCUGCAGCCCAGGGACCCCGAGGGGUGCCUGGCACUGAGCAAUCUGCACGUGGAGCUCACUUUCAACCACAGCCUACUCUCUGUGCACGUGCACCUGGGGUACAACGUCGAGGAGAUGUACGACAUGAUCAAGCACACGACUCACCGCAACACGUCGUUGAUGUACUGUGCAGUUCAGUUUGCCCUGGGAUCCCGCAGCCGACGGUUCGCUGAGGCUUUCGAGCUGGUCUGGAGGAGUCCUGCCGUGGCGAAGGAGGUGCAAAAGUUAACGUCGGAGUCGGAGUUGGUGGCAAGGGAGAGGGUGAGGGCUCGGAAGCGCUACCUCGACGAGAACUUCCUGGCUGUGGCCGGCGUCGUCAAAGAUGCUGUUGUGUGCGUCAAGAACGGUCGGCUCCAGCUGGACCGGAUCGGCCUGGACAACUGGCUCCAAAUAAGGGGAUACCUCAGGGUGGCGGACAUCAAGGAGUCCGUGGCCGCAGCGGCCCACCGUCGGAAGAGGCGCCUGCACAGCCGCUAGACGUCUUGGAAAACUGUUGGGUACUUUUCCAAGAAAGGACUGCCGCUCUUCUGAUCUGUCUUUCGUGUUUCUGUGUUCUGCUGGAGCGCAUCGAGUCACUACAGUAAAACCGCUUCUGUGAAGUGUCUAACAUUCCUACAGAUUGCUCAAGAGGUUGUUUGCUGCAGCAGAUGUCAGCACAUUGUUUGUGGGGUGCUGUUGAGAAUUAGUCUUGAGAGGUGACUCUUCAAGUGGUAUGUAUAGAUCAGUGGCAAAGUCAGGGGGGGGGGGGGGGGGGAAGGCUCUAAUUAUACAUAUGCAUUUUAAUCUCCCCCGCACCCCAAGUCAUGGACAUUCCAGCCACUUCAGCCAGCCCCCCGUUCCCAAAGAAAAUUCCCGGCUACACCACUGGCAUAGACAUACUAGUACAUUUUGCGUGACCUUCUAGAUCUUAAUGUUAUGACUGCUUUAGAUUUCUAGUUUGUGUGUCUGUGCAAAGGUAUUUGCUGUGCCUUGUAAUAGUGUCAUUUGGGCAACAAAAAAAAGAGUGAAAUUUUCAAUAGUGUUGCCGCUAUAGCUUGUGGGGAAUAUUUGAAGGCAUAGGCGCACAAAAACUGCGAUGGAUAUGGUUUUGCAUGCCCGAGCUUGUCAUGACGGGCACUAGAUGUGACUGCUGUCGAAUAUCUUUAAUUGGUUUUAUUAUGCCAGCCUGUUUCUUUGUUUUUUUUUAUUAAAAUUAAUAAUUAUCUCUGCC